AUGUUUACAACCCGACAUGACCCCACACUGGAAGACAAUGAAUGCCUAGUGACAGAUGAAGAAAUUAAUGAUACAUAUAAUUUAACCAUUCGUAUUGUAUCCGUUUUUGUUCUAUUGAUUGUAUCUUUUCUUGGCGCUGCAAUUUCUGUGGUCUCCACACGAGUCAAAUGUUUACAUAUUAAUCCGAUCAUUAUCAACACCGGCAAAUUUUUCGGUAGUGGAAUCGUGCUAGCAACGGGUUUUAUCCAUAUGCUACCAGGUGGAAUGAAAUUCUUAAAUGACCCUUGUCUUCCUGAUUCAUGGAAUGUUUACAGCGCUUACGGUGGUCUUUUUGCUAUGAUAGCAGCGUUAAUCAUGCAAUUCAUCGAAUUCGUUGCUCAUCAACGUUAUCAAUCAUUGACGGCGUCUAAAACUCAUCCAACAAUUGAAGAAUCUGAAAGGCAAGGCCAGGAAGAGAUUAAAGUGUCCGUCAUCGAUGUUGUAACGUCAAAUGUGGAGAUACCAGAUGCAAAUCAUCAUUGUCAUGGGAUUACUUUCCAAGAUGAUGCUCAAAAACAUAAAAUAAGUACAUAUUUACUCGAAUUUGGCAUAGCUCUUCAUUCGGUUCUGAUCGGUUUAACAUUGGGCUCGACGACGGAUUCGUUUGUUGCUCUAUUUAUCGCACUUAGUUUUCAUCAGUUUUUUGAAGCCAUUGCACUUGGUGCGCAGAUUGCUCGUUUAGAACAUGUCUCUUGGAAAUCUGCCAGUUUCAUGGUCAUAUUUUUUGCUUUAACAACGCCGAUUGGAAUUGCCAUCGGCAUUGGUAUUCAUACAAAGACAUAUAAUCCAAAAUCAGUUGCUUCAUUACUUGUCAAUGGAAUUCUCGAUUCGAUAUCAGCCGGCAUCCUUAUUUAUGUGGCCUUGGUUAAUUUGAUCACAGCAGAAAUGGGUGUUGGUGCUCAUGCAUUUCAUAAAUUAAGAAAACGCUUGAAAUUCCUGUACUUUGUCGCAUUAUAUGCAGGUGUUGCAGCCAUGUCUGUCGUUGGACGUUGGGCUUAA